AGAGCCCGGUCCCUCCCUCCGUCCGGGCGGCUCGGGCGGGCCGCGGCUGGGGCGGCCGGGCCUGCGCGGGGGACUGCGGCGGCGCCCGCGACCUGGAGGGGCCUCUUGGGCCGAGGCAGCAUGUGACAACGACCAGCAUUCAGCCCUGAUGGAUGCUGAGGAGCCUCAGUAUGGAACCUCCACCCCCAUCCCUGCCAAAGAGGAAUUCAGCGUUACCCCUGAAGCUCUCAUGCGAAGCAGCCAGAUCCCUGCCUUGGGACCAGAAGCUCAAGAAGGCCAGGACCUAUGCAAUAACUGGGACGAGGGGCAGAGACUCUCAGCGACCCAGCCAAGCGAGUUAAGGGAUGUGAGUGACUAUGCAGCCGAGACCGUGCCUUCUUUCCCCAAGGAAAGUUCCGUGGAGGUGGACAGCGAUCAGGAAACCUUUGUGGCUGAGGUCAGCAACACUCCAGAGCUGCAAGAGCCAAUGGCCCAGAGCCUGGCAGAUGAACAAGCAAGGAUCCCAGCUCCAUCAGAACUCCAGUACCAUCCUAUACAGAGUGAAUGCCCAGGCAUGGUCCCAAUAUCCAGUGAUUUGGGCAGCAGAGUGGAGAAGGAAUUUCAACCAGAACUGACUUCUUUGACAUUGGAAUUUGAACAAGCAGAAGAGAAGGGGCAGACCUCUCCUGGUAGUUCUCAAACAAUGUUUUGGCCUCUGUGCAAAGAGCCCACCACAGAGACCAACCAGGCUGAAGGUUCUGAAAGCAGGAUUAUCCCGCAGGGGGAGAAGCUGCAGUUGGAGGAGGUUCAGGAAAGUCGAGGGCAAGAAGAGCCAUUGCAUCCCCAGGGAGCUCAGGGGCUGGAGGAUUUGGGACAACAGACAGUGGAGUCUCAGGGGACAGAAACUCUGCAGAAUGUUUCUUCUGAUGGACUUUGGGAAGAGCAAGAACAAAUGGUAGAGCAGGUGACUGGUAAUGAGGAAGAAGAAAGGCAAAAAAAGGAACAGGUCCAGGAAGAUGGGAUACUGGGAAGACAAGGAGAAACAGAGAGGCUGGUUGAGGAACUGGAAGGUCUGAAUUGUGGUGAGCAGGAUGAAGAGCAUAGGGAAAAGAAUGCUGAGCAUCAGAAAGGUCCAGAACAGGCAGAGCAAGCAAAGAGGGAAUUGAGCGGGCCAGAGAAGAGGAGGGUCAGCUCUCAGGACAUGGAGUGUCAAAGCUUGGUGGGCAGAUCAGAGGAAAUAACUAGACAGCAAGAAGGUGAGGGUCUCAUGGGAAAAGUGAUGUCAGUGGAGGGGCAGGAGGAGGAGGAGGCAUUGUCAGAUGAGCAGGAGCCAGGAAAUUGGGAUGGGAGCUUGCAGGGAGCAGUGGGAGAAGAGAGAUCAGAAGAGGAGGAAGAGCACCAUGGGCCUCCCACACUGGUGCUGGUACCCUCUGAGAUCUCUUCUCCCUUUGACUUCUUUCCAGAUGGCUCUUAUCCCAUGACUCAGGUUCCUGGGACUCAGAUGGAGCCCAGGGCUGUGGAACUGUCCCCCAUAGUUCUGACCCCUUUACUGGAGCCAAUAGAAUGCUCCCACCAGCCUGUUUCUCUACCAGACUGCUUUCCUAAAGUGGAAUCACCUGACAAUGAAACGGCUCAAGACACUGAAACAGCUCAAGAGAGCCAGCAAGAAGAAUCUGAACUGAGUAAGGAGACAGCAUCCAGCCAGGGGACUGAGGUGGUCCCGGGUGAUACAUCUGUGACUCCUUCAAGGACAUUGGAUGCAGCUUUAUCCAGUCCAGCUGAAGUCUCUACUAUCACAGCUGCAUCAUCUACCAGUCCCCCAAGUCCUUCUCCCAGGAGUGAGACCUCCAGAGCCCCUCUCUCUACUGACAGUCCAUCUCUCUGUGAGGCUUUCAAGAUUCCCCUGGAUACCCUCCAUGGUUUCCCCUCUGCAGAGGCCACCAUGAAUCCAUGUGCCAGCUCCAACAGAUCCAGCCUUCAGAGCCCUCCAGCCAACUGCACAGGGGCCAUCCAACACCUACGGAGCAACUCCUUUCCAGGCUCUCACAGGACAGAGCAGACUCCAAACUUGGUGGGAAUGUCGCUAUCUUUAUCCCACUCAGAGUUGCCCCAGAGGCCCCCCAAACCUGCCAUCUAUGGCUCUGUAAUCCCAAGAAGAGACAGGAGAAGAGGUAGGGACUGCAACAUCAUUUCAGAAUGCCCUCCGGCAUUUUCCACUCCAAAGCAGGACUCUCAAGAAUUCAUCUCAAAUCCGGAGAGGCCCAGCAGUCCUACUUUUAGCCAGUCAUGGCACUCCCCACAUAAUUCAUCCUUUGACACAGAGCCUCCUGCCUAUGGUUCGUCCCCAUCCCUUGCCUCCAUGGAUCUGCGGAGUCAUGAACCUCUGCCCCCUCCUCCCCUAGAGAAGAGGCAUGUCCAUCCCUCCAUAGUGGAGAGAGAUGGCCAUCUUCACACAGUGGCUCCCACACUGAAGCGGUAUAGCCACCCUCCUCCAUUGACCCUAGGUUCAGGGCUACAUGGCAUUCCUAAGGCCCCACUUCCCCAAGUUCCUGACCCACUUGUGGCAAGGCAGCACCGACCUCUGCCAUCUACUCCAGAUGACACUCACCAUACUCAAACCACUUUUCCCCCCAGACUGAGAUACAAUAAGCCAUUACCCCCAACUCCUGAUAUGCCCCAGCCCCACCAGUCUCCCAUUUCUUCUUCCAGUAGUUCAAGGAUCUACAGGCCACUACCCCCUAUCCCCAUUAUGGAUCCUUCCAGUGAACCACCCCCACUGCCUCCAAAAUCCAGGGGGAGGAGCAGGAGCACUCAUGGAGGACUUCCAAGUUCAGAAGGUCAAGCUAAACCAAGACCUGUUGGUCAAGACUGGACAAUCUCCACUCCCCCUUCUGCUGGACGUACCUCCUGGCCCCCUGCCACAAGUAGAGCUACAGAGUCUUUGGCUUCCACCAGUAGAAGUAAGAAUGAAGUGUCUGGCAUGGCUUUCAGCAACAUGACAAAUCUUCUAAGCCCCUCUUCCCCUACCACUCCUUGGACUCUGGAGUUCCAUGGACCCACCCAUAAGGGUGAGCAAGGGCUCUUGGAAGAGCCUGAGGCCUCUGCAAGAGGACCUGUGAGAAGAACAGCCCCUCAGGAAGAGGCCAAUAGCUCAAGGAGGUCUGUAGUACCAGCAAGGCAGCCAGAAAAGCCCAGCCAUCCCCAGCUGGAGAAAGCAUCCAGCUGGCCCCAUAGGCGGGACCCAGGGAGACCACUGGAGGGCAGCAGUGGCCAGGUUGUGCUCCCUGGUGAGGGGCCCAAUAAACAAAAAAGCUGGAACCGGCAAGGCCUGCGCAGACCUUCCAUCUUGCCUGAAGGCUCCUCAGAUCCAAGAGGUCCAGCCUUGGAGAGAUCCUCUGGCCCCUCAGACACUAUUGUUUUCCGAGAGAAAAAAACAAAGGACGUGAUGGGAGGCUUUUCAAGACGUUGCUCCAAGCUCAUCAACUCCUCCCAGCUGCUAUACCAGGAGUACAGCGAUGUUAUUCUGAACAAGGAAAUUCAGAGCCAGCAGCGCCUAGACAGCUUGGCGGAGGCACCUGGUACUGCCUCUCCCAGGCAGCAUCGAAAGACCCUGGUGUCCUCAGAGUCCUACCUGCAGCGCCUCUCCAUGGCCUCCAGUGGCUCCCUCUGGCAGGAAAUCCCUGUGGUGCGAAAUAGCACUGUGCUGCUCUCCAUGACCCACGGAGACCAAAAACUGCAAGAGGCCAAAUUUGAGCUGAUAGUGUCGGAAGCCUCAUACCUGCGUAGUCUAAAUGUAGCUGUGGAUCAUUUCCAGCAUUCAGCCCAGCUCCGAGCCACCCUGUCCAACCAGGAUCACCAGUGGCUCUUCUCUCGCUUACAGGAUGUGCGAGACGUCAGCACCACGUUCCUUUCAGACCUAGAAGAGAACUUUGAGAACAACAUCUUCUCCUUCCAAGUGUGUGAUGUAGUCCUGAAUCAUGCCCCGGACUUUCGCCGUGUCUACCUGCCUUACGUCACCAACCAGACCUAUCAGGAACGCACCUUCCAAAGCCUCCUAAAUAGCAACAGCAGUUUCCGAGAGGUCUUGGAGAAGCUGGAGAGUGACCCCAUCUGCCAGCGUCUUUCCCUCAAGUCCUUCCUGAUUCUGCCCUUCCAGCGCAUCACCCGCCUCAAACUGCUGCUGCAGAACAUUCUGAAGAGAACACAACCUGGCUCCUCAGAGGAAGCAGAGGCCACAAAGGCUCACCAUGCCCUGGAAGAGCUGAUCCGAGACUGCAAUAACAACGUCCAGAGAAUGCGACGGACAGAGGAACUGAUCUACCUGAGCCAGAAGAUUGAGUUUGAGUGCAAAAUAUUCCCGCUCAUCUCACAGUCACGCUGGCUGGUGAAGAGUGGGGAGCUUACAGCACUUGAGUUCAGUGUCUCCCCUGGACUGCGAAGGAAACUGAACACACGUCCAGUCCACCUGCACCUCUUCAACGACUGUCUGUUGCUGUCUCGGCCCCGAGAGGGCAGCCGCUUCCUGGUAUUUGAUCACGCUCCCUUCUCCUCCGUCCGUGGAGAAAAGUGUGAAAUGAAGCUCCAUGGACCUCACAAAAACCUCUUCCGACUCUUCCUGCAACAUAACGCCCAGGGCACCCAGGCCGAGUUCCUCUUCCGCACCGAAACUCAAAGUGAAAAACUUCGAUGGAUCUCAGCUUUGGCCACGCCAAGAGGGGAGUUGGACCUUCUAGAGUGUUAUGACUCCCCACAAGUACAGUGCCUUCGAGCCUACAAGCCCCGCGAGAAUGACGAGCUGGCACUGGAGAAGGCUGAUGUGGUGAUGGUGAUUCAGCAAAGCAAUGAUGGCUGGCUGGAGGGUAUGAGACUCUCAGAUGGAGAACGAGGCUGGUUCCCCAUGCAGCAAGUGGAGUUCAUUUCCAACCCAGAUGUCCGUACACGGAACCUAAAGGAAGCCCAUCGAGUGAAGACUGCGAAACUACAGCUGGUAGAACACCAACCCUAGCUGUUCUCUGGAAGGAAUCUCCAGAACUUGAGAACAAGCUGCUCCUGCAGAGAGCUGGCCCCAGAACCUUGCCUACAGAGGCCUUCCGUGGAUCAAGAACUAGACCUUCUGAAAUCCCAAGGACAAAAUCGAGCUAACCCAGUCACUCGUCCCAGGCCUCCUUAGUUGUGCUUUGUGCUUGGUGGGGGGAUUCUGAGGGACUUCACACUGGACUCUGGGAACAUGGAUUUGUGGGGCUGAGCCAAAGAACUUUACUUCUACUACUGUGUAGUUGGCAAACAUUCUCUGCUUCCAGGUACAGACUCAGAGCUGGCCAAAGUUUCAUUCAUGGCUGUAUAUGUUAAACAAUCUGACCUCAGUCCACCAGAAGGAGAUGUUGAAGGAGGAAUAACACCUCCAGUUGGGGGAGUCAGCCUGGUCACCUGUAGGUAUCCUCCAACCCUAGAGCUUUUCUGGAAUUAUUGAUGUGAGGUUAAUGCAUGCGUCUCUGAGGUCUAUGUCUCUUGGUGACAUUGGUGGUGAUGUGAGGGUAGUACUCUCUCACUCUAAUAAACUUGGCACUUCUGCAAGUG